AUGCAGACAUUCACAUUUCCUGCUAAAUCCCCCUCAAUUUUCAACUACAGAUCAACCUCACCCGACAAAUACCAGCAGACCCCGAGCCAGGAUGUGCAGCUCAGAUCUCCAGAGAAGCCUGACCCAGAGCAGCUCAAACCGAAUCCUCAUCCAUAUGCCAUUAAAACGACUUCCACGGCUCUAUUAUCUAGGUCAAAUUCCUCUUCAUCGAAGCAUACGAAACACCAUUACAUUCCUUUGACUCCCCCGUCGAAUAACAAAAGGCAUAGGACUAGCUCGAGUGUUUCCAGUGUCGAGAUUCCUAGGCCCUUACCUAUCCCACCGCCUUCUCCAUCACCCUCUGAUUCUGAAGAGAACGGGAACUUGCAUACUGGACCACCCCCUGCUCAUCAACCUAGGAGGUUGAAACGAUCUGAAACAGUAUUCACCUCAGGUACGCCGCCACCGUCAACCACGGCACCUCUGACGCUGGAGGACUUGCCUCCGAAUCCCAAGCAAUGGACGCCGUCGCAGCUCUCAGUGUAUCUUGCAACUGCGUUGAGGGUCACAGGUGGCGGCCCAAGCGAGCUACCUGCACCCAUUGCCAAUGAUAUUGCCAACUUUAUGCGGGAGAGGAAGAUUAGCGGAAAGGUCUUUUUGAGGCUGGGUGAAGAAGAAUUGGAGGAAUACGGUAUGAACAAGCUGUGGCGAACAGCCUUACUUUCCACUUCCCGCAAUCUCCGACAGAAUGUUCUCAAAGGCCGUAUCUGGGGUUUUUCGGACAAUGACAGUGACAACGGUGAUUCUUCACCUCCACCCCCUGGCCUCCAUGAAACAUCCGCUCCAUCUCCAUUCCCUGCCAAAGACGAAGACGAGACGACCCCCAACAAUCGCAAGACUAUCUUCAUUCAGCGCCCGAUGUACUCCUCUGCAGAAUCGGGUUCUUCUGUAGAGGACCUCUCGGAAUCUCAAUCUUCGAGCCCGUUGAAUCUCCCUCUUUUGCCGACGUCCAUUUCGGAUGGUACAGGGUCUGCGAGGUUCAAAUCGAUUUCCAAAGGCUCCACCAGGGCCAAGGGUGGUAGAACGGGCCGUUUCCUUACUUCGAGUGACUUCUUUGAACCACCUGAACAAUACACCGGGCUUCCAGGUGAAAAAUCUCCGGCGGGUUUUGGCUUCCCACCUACCGGUGAUAGACAUGCGAAAGGAAGGGUCAAGGGGAUGGCUAAAGGGUUCGAGAGGAUUGCCAGCGUAGAUGAGGGCACCUCUGAUUCGGAACCAUCACCUUCCCCGAUUGAAGAACGUAGCGAUGUGCUUUCAUCUCCUACGCACUCGCGAAUGCUAUCCGGGGAGAGUAAAGGGAGGAUACUUCGGGAUAUGGAGUUGCUGAAGCAGAGAGGACGUGUCAAGUUGGAAAGGGAGAGGAGGACUAGUAUGAGCAGUGAAAGCGAAGUUGGUUCACCUAAUAAAAUCAGGAUGGCUGUUGACUUACCAGUCGAGUCUCCUACGAAGAUGUACGCGCAUGAAGAGGAGGAUGAUCAUCAUAUGGUCACGACCGUUAAAGCGAAUCAUACAGGUCCUGCGAUACCGACAUGGGAUUUCGAACCAUACCCAAUGGUGAAGAAGCACGAUACUGGGUCUUCGACUUCCUCGGCUUCGUCUUCGUCGUCAAGACCACUGCCGUUGCCGCCAGGACCACCCCCUGCCUCCCUUCCACCUCCUAACCUACCAAUCAAGGGUACCGUCACCAUUUCCACCCAUCCUUUCAACAUCACGAGUCCCAUGCCUACUCCUCCCCCAUCCGCAGGAGGCCCAGCCGAUGACGAGUUGACAGUCGAGGAACUUCUCGCUCUCGAAGGUGCAGGCGAUAGUGUCCGACGGAAAGGGAAAGGGAAAGGAAAGGAACAGCAGAAACGUGUUGGUGUUCAUGCUUGGGAAGACGAAGACGACGACGGAGAAGGAGAAGGAGCCAUAGGUUUUAUCACCGUCAAGAGGGUUCCGACACGGCCAAACGUCGUGUCACCCUCACUGUCUUCACCAAUGCCUUCGGUACUGUCACCUGUCAAUCCUGCAGCACUUUCGAUACCCCUACCUAAAUCUCGGGCUGCGUCAUCUUCGCCGUUAGCGCCAGAUAUGGCCAACGCCAAACGUGUUAUUACGCCCAUAGUGGCGACGGAUAUUCUGCCUAGCCGUAAGAUUACCCCUAUACCUCCGCAAGUUGUUAGUCCUAUGCGUGUUACGACGGAACUACCACCUUUAUCCGUGGAUGGAUCUGGAAUGGGGCUUGUACAUCCCAAGCCCGUUACGGUCGUUGAACGGGAGGUCACUAAUAGUGCGGGUAUUGAUACUGUUGGAAGGAUGGAGGAGAUUGUCAGGCGUGAGCAGCAGAUAGCGGAACAAAGGGAGAUGGCGGCGGUGGUUCGACCGUUACCUACACCUCCGGCCGACAAAUCGUCUCUGAUUGCUCCUCUCACGGCUAUUACUCUACCUCAACCGCAACCACAACCACAACCUGAGGGCUCUGCGGUCGAGGGGAAGGAAGAACAAGUCGCUGUAGCUCAAUAUGGCAAGACCAUGGAGCAAGAAGAGCUGGAAGACGAACAAGAACUUCGGGCGCUCAUUGCUGAUGUGCUCAAGACUAGGUCUCAGGUUGAGGCGAUGAAAAAGAGGCUUGGAGAGGUCGAGAAGAAUGUUGAAGAGUUGAAGAGAGAGGUUGCAGAGGCAGAAGCCAAGUACAACUUCGAUACGCCGAGAAAGUCUCCUACGCCGUUACCCGAGGAAUCGAAGGACGAUGAUGUUGCACCUGCAACUUCUGCGGCCGACAAGGCCAGAAGGUUCCUUUUUUCGAAUUUGGAUUUCACUCCUGGCGGUUUCGGCUCUCCGACAUCUAGAUAUGCGAACCCACAAUCUGUGAUCGAUUUACCUCCCUAUAUCGCUCUUGUGGGGUUGGGAGUAUGUAUGGUCGUUGCGAAGGUGUUGUUGAAGAAGAGAGGGAGGUGA